UUAGAUCCGCCAGUAAAACCGAGAGAAGAAGAAGAAGCGGUCACGUGCUUCUGGUCGUCUGUGGAGAUUCUCCUGGUGUAGAUUCCCCGCUUGCUGCAGGCAGGUUCUCUUGAAAGAAAGUGCCAGCUAUGGAUCCUUUAUUUUUUAACCAUAGCGUUCCCAAGGACCUAGGUAUUUUCCCAUGUGGAAUUUGUGGGAAGAUAUUUACAGAAGCAGUGCGUUUGCGAAAUCAUGAACCACAGCACGCCGCAUCCAGUGGUCUGCACAGCGGCGGAGUCAACAAUAGCAGGGACAGUUUGGUUGGUGUGGGAGGCUGUACUCCGACAUCUCAUGCCCAGUCAGGACUGCGGGAAAACGGUUUGACUCUGCAUAGUGGCGUGGAUGCCAGUCGCAAGAGAGAAAGUAGGAGACGUCUUGUUGGUUGUGACAUUUGCGGGAAGGUGCUUCGCGGCGUGUGUGACCUGAACAGACACAAGCUAUCUCAUUCCGGUGAGAAGCCAUAUGCUUGUCCUGUUUGUGGCCUGCGGUUUAAGCGCAAGGACAGAAUGUCGUACCAUGUGCGUUCACACGAUGGCGUGGGCAAACCGCACGUCUGUCAAAGCUGCGGGAAGGGCUUCUCCAGACCUGACCACUUGAAUGGACACAUAAAACAGGUCCACACGUCUGAAAGACCCCAUAAGUGCCAGAUCUGCAAUGCAUCCUUUGUCACACGGGACCGUUUGCGCUCUCACUUAGCCUGCCAUGAAGACAAAAUCCCUUGCCAGGUGUGUGGAAAGUUCCUGCGGGCUGCCUACAUGACUGACCACCUCAAGAAACACAGCGAGGGUCCACAUAAUUACUGUGGUAUAUGCAACAAAGAUGGACAGGACGAUUCAGAGAAGUGCCCUCAUCAGGACUCCGAGACCUCUGAUGCCCCAUUUGGGGAACUUUCUGAUGGAGGCGAUCUUAAGUCCCAGCAUAAGGCUGAAGAGGGCAGUAUUGGGGUGUUUGCCUGUAGUGGCAGUGGGGGGCCAUCUGCAGGAGCCAGCAAACUCAAAGUUGACCCUGAGAAGAAGCACCCAUGCACCGACUGUGGCCAGGCUUUUCGCUCCAAGUCCUACCUCAAAAAACAUGUGCAGCGGGUGCACAGUGGCGGAGCUCAGAAAGGGCUGACUGUGACAGGUACCACCUUGGGAGAGCUAGCCCCCUCCCUGGGUUCCCCAUUAUCUCCUCAACAGAACAUGUCAUUACUAGAGUCUUUCGGGUUUCAGAUUGUCCAGUCAGCUUUUGCAUCCUCUCUAGCAGACUCUGAAGCUGGCCACAGUAGCAUGAGUAUGGGCAGCAAGUAAGCAAGGACUGGGUGCAUGCCAUCCUGACAUCUCUCCCAAAACUCCUGUCUGAUGUCCAUAACCUUUCAUUUACUUGUUUAUACCUCUGCCUGCCCCCACUCUAUUAUGUCCUCAUUUCUCAAACCUAUGGCUCAUGGACUGUGUGGCUAUGGAACAUUUUGUGCUAUUUCCAAGCUGGAGAGAAAAAUGUUACAUAGAUACAUUUAUAUAUAUAUAUAUAUAUUUUUUUUUUAAUUUAAAUGUUUGGUUUCAUUUAUAGGGACUAAGUACAGGGUAAAAAAUAAUCCUUCCCAUCCUGAUAAAAUAUACAACAUACAGACAAACAGAGCUACAAUUACACUAACACAUGCAGCCAUGCAACCAAACUAUAUACCCCUAAUCUUUAUGACAUAUGUAUUUGAGUGCAAAAGAGAAGGAGAGAUGGGUCUGUCCUCUGGAAUAAGCUACAUUUCCAUUAGCUUCGUUUUAUGCAGCUUUUCAGUGUCACAGUUUAGGCGACUAGCCCCUUGUGCACAAAAACGUUGACUUCAUAAAGAGAUUAGGGAUAUGGAAACAAUGUUGAAAUGUUCUUUGAAAGUAAUUUGAUAAUGCUUGUUUUGGUGGGUGUUUUCGGCACAAGUAAAAACCAUUGUUUUUGUCAGUCCAAUUCACUUUUAUAUUCUAAUGGAAAUGUAGCAAUUGUUGUAAAUGUUAGAAUUUUAUUGCUCCUGAAUUGAAUGUACAUAUUUUAAGGGCCGUGAAAAUCGUGCCACAAAAUGGGUACACAAUAAGUGUCUAUAUUAACUUGAAGUAAUUAAGCUGUACUUUAAAGUAAGUCUCCACAGAUACAUCCAUCCUGUAAGUCAGGGGUCUUCAAUCUUAUCCAGAAAGGGCCGGUGUGGGUGCAGGCUUUUGUUUCAACCAAGCAGUAACACACCUGAUUCUAUUAAUCAACCCCUUGGAAUCUUUGCUAAGCACCUUGAUUAUUAGAAUCAGGUGUGUAACUGCCCAGUUGGAACAAAAGCCUGCACCCACACCGGCCCUUUCUGGAUAAGAUUGAGAACCCCUGCUGUAAGUGCAUGUCUGUUAUUUAAUGUCGUCUACAAAUAUGGCAAAUGGGGAGGUCUGGAAUUAAAUGGAACCAAGCUAUUUAAUCUGCCCAGAUUGACAUCUGACAUAUUUAGCUGAGUCUAAAUCUUCAAGAACACCAUUAGUUGAAUUGCUAAUGUACUGCCAAGGCUUCAUUCAGAGCUUUGUUCAUUUCGUGUACUGUAUCCUCAAAAAAAAUUCCCAAAUCUUAAAGAGGUGUAAUUAAAACAAAAAGUUGUCUUGCAGAAGGGGUUAAAAACCAGAGAAAUGUAGCCAAAUGGAGAAAGGUAUAUCUGAACUUUCUAAAGUUUGGUCAUGACAUAAUAUUCUUCAUUCAGAUGUACAUAAACUUUAAUUGGUAAUCAGUUCUGAUUUUGCUUAGGGACAAAUUUACAAGCUUCAUUGUUAGAGGCCAUGAAAUGUAUUUGUGAAUCCCCCCUCACCGCCGCCUGCAAUGAGGAUUAAUCAAGAUUUGUUUUGUAAAUGAGUGUAGCAGUGGAAAUGGCUUUCUUAAUCCUACUUUGUGUUAUAGGUCUCCUGAUGACAGUGUGAGAGACAGAUGGUGUAAAUGGUGUGUGUAUAUGCAUUUUUUUGCAGAAUGUAAUUAAUUUAACCAGAUUUAAGAUUUAAGUAGUUUUUAUUUGGCAAAUUACUAUAUUAGGUCUAUACAUUCCUUGUUAAUUUAUGGAAUUAUAAAGUUGUCAUAUUUACACCAACACAUGCACCCACAGUAUUUUAUGUAUAUCACUGUCUAUCAUAUACAUUGUACAUAUACAGAAUUUUUACUCCAUAUCUUCAAAGGAAAGAAGGGAAUUUUUAUUUCGGAACAGAAGGGGUUUAAUUUCCUCCCCUGCCUUCCUCUCUCCUUAUUUUCUUUUUAGUUUUGAUGAUGGGUGUAAAACACUGGAUUUAUAAAUUAUCAUUGUUUGCAAUUUGGUCAGCAACCAGCAGUGAGACUUUUAGGCUAAUAAUGUGUAUCGGCUAAAAUGUAAUUGUUCCCAGCCAGAUCCUGCGUGUGACGUUCAGAUUUUCUCCAUCCACUGAGGUGUUUCAAGGGAUAGAGGCCAUGAAAGUAUUAAAAGGAUAUUGGGGCCCAUGUAUAGCAAUUUGACUGUGGCCAUGUGUCUUUAUUACUUUGGCAUUGGUUUACAGGAAAUUCCAGUGAUUGCAUGAAAUAAAUGUAUGUAGUGAUUCAUUUAGUAUUAUUUUUGUUGCAAUGUGCCUUCCAAAUGCUGAUUACACAGCGCAGUGGAUUAAAAAGUCUGGGGGAAAGACCAGAUUAUCUAAAUUGCAGGACAAAUGUGCUCACUAUUUAAAUAAACACUUUUUGUAUAGAGACAUGCACACAGAACCAAUAUGUACAUUUGGAAAUAUAUAUUAACUUACAGCUGUUUUUUCUCCAAAGGUAGUUCCUUGAUGACAAGUUAGUCUUUUUUGGUAUAUGUUUCAAUACAAGCAUACUUUUUUCUAUAGAUGUUGGUUUUUGUACACUGUUUUUGAGUCUGUAGUCUCUGGCUAUUUGCUGCAGAGAUUAAAUAAAGAUCUGUUCAUCUGAAA